UAACAAUGAACAUUUCCUUUCUGGUUCUUUAUAGCCUACUUGGCCCAUACUCUUCGGGGGCUAACGCCAGAAUUACUGCCAUUGAUUUCGGAGAAGAUAUUUAUCAUGGCGAGGAUCUUGAUAGACCAUUAUACUCCGAUUUGGUAUCGCAAUACUUCUUUGAUCAUAGUUAUCAGGAGAUCCUUCGACCAUCCCGUGAGGAUUUCCAUCAGCCAAAGUCAUCAUCUGUUGAUAUAAAAGAAGUGGACAGUUGUCUGUCUCCAUGGGCUGAAUGGGGCAAAGGGCCAACACCUAAUGGUGUGCCAUCGAUAGUACCCAAUCUAUACAAAUACUUCCAGAGCAUCAUUAUCGAAAAUCCUACUCCAAAAACCGAAGUAUUUGGAUACAUCCCCCAGGAAAAUUUGUCCAAGGCGAAUGUAGAUCUGCCUAGCAACACCAUCUCACUGAAGCGAGCAAAACGCUUGGAUCUGAUUCCUUCUGUCCCAGAAGUCGGCCAGCCAGAUGGAUGUCAACUCGGUGCUGCUUCCAACAUGGCUUCUCAAGAUAAAUUGUCUUCCCAACCGCCGCUUCCAAAACACCUCCAAUUACGCACUGUGGAUCCGGCGCACAGUUCAUGCAGCAUCUGUCUUGACGACUAUGUCCCGCCAACCAUUGAUACCAACAAUCAGCUAAAAGUCGAACUUGUCAGUCAUAUGAAAAAGUGUGGACACCACUUCCACAUCGCCUGUAUUGACUCCUGGAUAAGCAGAUUCAAUCCUUGGGAAGUAGCCACUUGUCCGCUAUGCCGAGUUCACUAA